AUGGAGCAACCAGGACUCACUGCACUUCACAAACUCUUUGCAUGGGAGCACAAUCGUCUUGCCGAAUUAAUACAUGAUGAACUCUAUCCGAGAUUUUCAGUCGAUGAGCCUGAUACAACCGACCUGAAUCGCAUUUUUGAUGAGGCCAGAUUGGUGGUGGAGGCUACUAUGCGGAAAAUUACAUAUGAGGAUUGGCUUCCGGCACUCUCAGGCCGAAAGUUGAAACAGAAUGAUGUUGAUUACAUUAACCUUAAUGUAUCUCCAAACAUCAUGACAAUUUUCAGUGGUGCUUUCUUCCGAGUUGGGCACACCAUGGUAAACAACGAGUUUUGGCGAUUCGACACAGGAAACGGAAAUGUCAAUCGGAACGGUGGUGGUGGUGGUCGCCAAGAUGAUGACGCCAAGGUGAUGAUGGACGCCAAGGCGGUGAUGGUCAACGAAGACCACGAAAACGUCGCGCGCUUGAACAAAGACCUAAUGGACCACGGCCACAGAAUUCUGACGGUGGGGGCGGUUCUGACCACCAUGAAUAUUGAUCCUAUCCUGGCUGGAUUAGUCUACCAGCCAAACCAAGCCAUCGACACGUUGGUAGUGCCGGCAUUGCGUAGUCACUUAUUCGAAUUCAAUCUGGCGCUUGUAGAUGGUACGCAUACUACUGCAUUCGACCUGGUUGCUCGUAAUAUCCAGCGAGGUCGGGAUUUGGGUAUAGACAGCUACGUUGACGUACGAACUGGGCUCCUAGGCUCUUUUGUUAAUGCUGUCACCAGCUGGGAGGAUAUCACACAAAAUGGGCAUACCAUUCAGAAGCUGAAGAAUCUAUACGGUGAGACUGGGUGGGGCAAGUUGGAUCUGUACGUAGGCAUGUUGCUAGAGCGACACGAACAAGGGUCUAGUUUGGGUCGCACCUUGCGUGCAGGUAUCGAGUUGCAAUUCUCUAUUCUGCAACAGGGCGAUUGUCUUUGGUAUACUAAGACACUGAGAACAUGCGGAGCCGGGAUCCCUCUCUUUGACGAGAAAUUGGCCAUUCUCACAGGGAGUCGUACGUUGGCGGGUGUUUUGCGAGAUAACACUGGACUUGAUGUUGCUCCUAACUAUAAUGACUUCCAAACCAGGCAUAGCCAGGGCGCGCAAUCCAGCCUGCACCACAAGGCAUGUCUGCCCGCGAUCUGUAUGAUCCUCAGGAACCUACACUCUUGCAGCUGCAGCCCAACUUCCCAGCUAAGGCACUGCCUUGAAUAG